AUGAGCAGCUACAGGAAAUGCGAGAACAGAUGGAUAAUGUUGACUUCGAAAAAGCAGCUUUGGAGGAGAUACAACGCCGUCAUGACGUUAUGGCCCACGUUUACGUAUUUGCGUCUGCCUGUCCCAAGGCAUCACCCAUUAUUCAUCUCGGCGCUACGUCAUGCUAUGUUGGAGAUAACGCCGAUCUCAUUUGCCUUCGACACGCCUUCGAACUGCUUGCGCCAAAGGUGGCACGCUGCAUUGAUCGUAUAGCGAGUCGGGCCAGGCAGUAUCGAGAUGUAGUCUGUCUGGGUCGUACCCAUCUACAACCAGCUCAGCCAACAACUGUUGGCCGUCGUAUGUGUCUUUGGAUCCAGGAACUGCUAAUGGACCUGGAGAACAUUGAACAUGCCAGGGACCAUCUAAUUCGGUUCCGAGGCACAAAAGGUGCCAUCGGCACUCAAGCAUCAUUCCUCGAUCUCUUCGAUGGGGAUAAUGAUAGGGUCAAACGCCUUGAUGAGUUCGUGGCCGCCAAGGCUGGUUUUUCGAAACUCUGGAGAGUCACAGGACAGACGUAUCCACGCAAACUAGACACUGAACUCGUGAGCGUACUAUCUAGUCUCGGUGCCACCGUACACAAGAUAUGCACGGAUAUUCGCUUGCUCGCCAGCUUCAAAGAGAUUGAAGAGCCUUUUGAGUCAGAUCAGGUAUGUGCCCUCCCACUCAGUAGUCAUCUCAUUCAUCCGCGUUCAAACCCACACCGGUGA